GUGAAAUUGAGGAACAAGAUAGCAUUCUCUAUCCAGGUGUGGAUGCAGCAAAUUUUGAGAUCAAACCAGCACUUAUCUCAUUGGUAUCGGCCAACAAAUUUGGCGGAUCUAAGAAUGAAGAUCCAACGAGCCAUGUGAAACAGUUUUUGAGAGUUCUCCAAACUCUUAAACUAAAUGGAGCCUCUGUUGAUGCCAUCAGACUCAGAUUGUUCCCAUUCUCACUGAGGGAUGAAGCAUUGAGUUGGUUGAACUCUAAACCAUCCGGUUAUUUCAACACAUGGGAGAAGUUGCAUAGAGAUUUCAUGAAGGAGUUCUAUCCUCCUUCUAAGGCAUCAAAAAUGAAGAAACUGAUCCAACAAUUCAG